GCAAAUCAAACAACUUCAGUCACAACAACUGCAACUAUCCCACAACUAAAAACCCUAAGCAGAGAAAUGCGUGGAUUCAUUGUUUUGUGUUUGUCCGCCGUGGCUAUCGCCGCACCACAAGGCUACAACUACAACCCAGCGUCCGCUGGUGGACAUGGCGCUCAUGGCGGUGCUGGCGGUUUAGUCGCACAUGGCGGCCAGGGUGGUUUUAGCCAAUUCGGCCAGUCAUCCAGCGCUGGUGGGGCAUUCUUCAGUGGCGGUAGUGGUGCUGGUCUUGCCGUUGGUGGUGGUCAAGGUGGUUUCUUUGGACAUGGCGGUGCUGGUGCACAGCAACAACAAGCCGUAGUUUCGAAACGUUUCUUCAUUCAUACCGCACCUGAGGAGAACGAUGAUCAGUACCAAGAGAAACACAUCACUGUCGGUGUGCCACGCAAGAACUACAACGUUGUCUUCAUCAAAUCGCCAAACCGUUCCCAGAAGAAGGCUUCCAUCAAGAUCUCACCAGCCAUCAACGAAGAGAAGACCGUCAUCUAUGUGCUCAACAAGAAGACCGACGGUACCGACAUCGAUGCCCAGGUCUUGGAACAACCUGCUGUCACCACCAAACCCGAAGUAUUCUUCAUCAAGUACAAGACCGCCGAGGAGGCUCAACAUGCCCAACAGGAAAUUCAAGCUCAAUACGAUGCGCUCGGCGGCAGCAGCCAAGUCACCGACGAAGGUGUCGCACCCAUCAGCUCGGUUAUCGGCUCAUUGGGUGGCGGCGAUGGUGUUGGUGCUGGCGCUGGUGCUGGAGCUGGUGCAGGUGCUGGUGCUGGUGCUGGUUUUGGUGCUGGUAUUGGUGGUGGUGCCCUUGGCGGACAUGCCGGUAACAAUGCUUACUUGCCACCCAAUUUCAAAUAAGCUGAGAUAGUUGUUGUUUGUUGAUAUAUUUGUACUGUUUUUGUUGUUAAAUAGUGUUUACGCUUUGCGUUGUACCA